AGCCGCGACGAGCCUUGCACUGUACCACAUCUCCGCCAAACAAAAGUCAUAAUUAUUUUCCCAGAUCGACAACGGUCGUAGAUAUUGCGGGCGUACAGGCCAACACAGCCAAGCACCGAACCGUGAGAUUUUAUCCACUGGACAAGAAAUGCGUGUACAGUUUGUUUCUGAUUAUUCAAACGACCCACCAAGGCCUAUUGGCUUUUCGGCGCAUUAUAGAACUGUGGACCAAGAUGAAUGCAUAGGAGACCAACGUGCGAAGGCACUUGGUAACGUUGUCGAUUGGGACGAAGCUGUAUAUUGUAAUCAUUACUGUCAUAAUGUUCCUGGUUCAUAUUACUGCUCAUGUAGAGUGGGGUAUCACCUGCAUGCAAAUAGACACACAUGUGUGGAAGACUGUCCAGCUGUCACAUAUACAGCACUCACUGGUGUGUUGACAUCCAAGGAAUAUCCACAACAUUACCCAAAGCUUAGUGACUGUACACAGGUUAUACAGGCUGGCCCAGGGAAAACAGUGGAGAUCAGAUUUGAUCCUUUGUUUGAAAUAGAAGAUCAUGUAGAAUACCAGUGUGUGUAUGACUGGGUGCAGCUUCUGACAAACAAUGGUCACCGGGUUCGUUUAUGUGGAAGCUCUGCCCCUUACAACGGAACAUGGAUAGAUUUCAACACAAGAAGGCUUGAAGUUACUUUCCACAGUGACUUAGCUAUUGAGCUUAAAGGAUAUAAGUUAUACUACAGAAUUAGUGUUGCCAGAUGCAGAGCUAACCUUGCAAUGCUUUCGAAUGGACGGAUUGUGUCGAACAAGACAUCAGGCUUUGUAUUUAACGAUCGCAUCAACUUUGUUUGUAACACUGGUUACCGUUUGGUUGGAGGAGAUGACCAUCUACUGUGUGGGGAAGAGGGAGGUUGGUUGAACAGGAUACCAUGGUGUCAGAUUAAAACUUGUCCCAUGCCUCAUCACCUCUUCAAUAUAUCUGACACGAAACAGAACGGGAUGAAUGCAACAGAUGUUAGUGUUACCUAUGGGACUGUGGUGAGGAUUGAAUGCAUUAAAUGGUAUAUUGCAAUGUCUGGAGCAUUAGAAUGGAGAUGUGGGGAUAGUGAAACUUGGGAACCAAGCAGCAGAAUAAUUCAAGCAAAUAAUAAUGGAAAUCUCCCAUUGUGCAGACCGGCUUGUGGAAUCAAAAAUUACUUUGUGCUUGAGAACUUACUUGAGAGCCAUAUAACCGGUGGAAGACCAAGUCGCAUCGGAGAGUGGCCUUGGAUGGCUUUCGUUGAUCUUGACUUGCGAGGCCCAGAACUCAGUACAUCGUAUUGUGGUGGUUCUCUUGUUGGAGAUCGGCAUAUAGUUACAGCUGCUCACUGCAUGGGAGAAAUUCAAACUGAGGAUCUUCGAGUAUAUUUGGGUGUUACUAAUCGUACGAAUACAACUAAUCCAAAUAAACAGGAGUUUCGGGUUAUUAGAGAGACAAGCCACCCAGCUUAUAUACUUACCAACCUCCAACAAAAUAUACAAAGCUUUGACAACGAUAUUGCUGUGUUGCAGUUGGACCGUCCUGCUAUUAUAAAUGACUAUGUACGACCAAUUUGCAUUCCAAGAAGUCCCCGUCAUAAAGAACUUCCACAAAGAGGGGCUGCCCGACCGAAUAUGAAUGAUACAGAACGAUAUAUGAGAAGGGGGGUUGUUACCGGGUGGGGGAGCGAUGCCAGCGGCAACCGGCCUGCAGUUUUACAAAAAGCUCGUGUUCCGUUUGUUGACCAUGAUACUUGUGUAAGGCAGUUUCGCGAACAAUCCGGUCGACUGGGUAUUCAAGGACUGUCAAUUACUAACAAGAUGAUUUGUGCUGGAUUUGUUCAAAGGAAUCGUGAUGCAUGCUUUGGAGAUUCAGGUGGCCCUCUUAUUUUCCGUGACCUAAUCACAAACCAAUGGUAUUUAAAUGGAGUUGUAUCUUUUGGAACAUCACAGCAGUGCAAUCAAAUUAACGUGUUGGGUGUUUACACCAAUGUGGGAAACUUUACUGAUUUCUUGGACACACACACAAGACUUUAGAUUCCAACAUUCAUAUAUAGUACUGUGGGGUAAGGUAGAUGCCAUUAGCUUAGCACAUAAUAUUACAUGUUUCCCAUUUGUAUUUAAAAAACUAAAUAACAACACUAUUUAACAGUCAUGUGCCUUUGUUUAUAUAAUGCUUGGAAUGUUUGUUGUUUACGACCAAUUGGGCGAGAAAAGAAAAUUCAAACAUGUUCUAUCUUACCCAAGCCAACUAUAAUAUAAUCAUGUCGCAUUAAAUAUGUUUAACAUAAGACUGGAUUUCAAUCAGAACACCAGAGCACUGGUUUCAAGCUCAAUGAAUAUAUUCAGUUUAUUGGAACAGCUAACUAGUAGUAAAAAGACAUUUUUACCCAGAUUUCAAUAAUUUUAAUUGCUUUGUAACUGAAUUAACCUAUGGUUCCAGUAGUUCUGGUUUUAGAAAUCCAGCCCUGUGUAUAUAAUACAUAUUUAAGUCGCUCUCUAUGUAUCCUGCACAAGUUGUACAUGCUUCAUAUAUUACUUGAUACAGUAUAUCGCACACAAAGUUCACGUUCAUCAGUUCCAAGUGAAUUAAUGAAUGUAUUUCAGUUAUAUGAUUUACCAUUACUUAAAUAUCUUUCUUCUAAAUAAAUAAAAAUAAUUUGUUUAUCCUG